UGUAAUGGUCCUCUAGUGUCCAUGUUACCCCAAGCCUCCUUCCAGAGCUCCUCACAGUCCUCAUUCAGCAAUGCUCCUUACAAUGCCAAGCUUAACAGACGAGACGGAGCCGGUGGCUGGUCUCCCCUGGUCACAGACAGAGAGCCCUGGCUUCAGCUGGACCUCAGGGACAGGAUGGAGGUGAUGGCUGUGGCCACACAGGGGCGCUACGACAGCUCCGACUGGGUCACUAGCUAUCUGCUGCUCUAUAGUGACACAGGCCGGACCUGGAAACAGUACAGACAGGAGGACGGAGUAGGGAAGUUUGCAGGAAAUGUGAAUUCUGAUGGUGUCGUCCAGAACAAGCUCUCCCAUUCAGUCAGAACCCGUUUCCUGCGUUUCAUCCCAUUGGACUGGAACCCCAGUGGCUGGCUGGGCCUGAGAGUGGAGGUGUACGGCUGUGCCUACAAGUCCGACGUGGCUGACUUUGACGGCAGGAGCGCCUUGCUCUAUCGGUUUAACCAGAAGUCCAUGUCGACGGUGAAGGACGUGGUUUCUCUGCGCUUCAAGAGCCGCCAGGCCGAGGGGGUCCUGCUCCACGGAGAGGGCCAAAGGGGAGAUUACAUCACCCUGGAGCUGCACCGGGGCAAACUGGCCCUCUACCUCAACCUGGACGACACCAGGUUGAGGUUCAGCAGCAGCCGUGUUGCCAUCACUCUGGGCAGCCUACUGGAUGACCAGCACUGGCACUCUGUCCUUAUUGAGCGCUUCAAUAAGCAGGUAAACCUCACGGUGGAUUCCCACACACAGCACUUCCGCACCAAAGGGGAAGGAGACUCGCUGGAGGUGGACUACGAGCUGAGCUUUGGGGGAAUCCCUCUGCCUGGCAAGCCUGGCACCUUCCUCAGGAAGAACUUCCACGGCUGCAUUGAAAACCUCUACUACAACGGAAUCAAUGUCAUAGACCUGGCGAAGAGACGCAAGCCGCAGAUAUACAGUGUGGGUAACGUGACCUUCUCCUGCUCUGAGCCUCAGCUGGUGGCCUGCACCUUUCUGAGUUCCAGCAGCAGCUUCCUGUCACUCCCGCCAACAGCGUCUGGCGUGAGAGGUUUCUCCGUGCGUUUCCAGUUCCGCACGUGGAACCCAGAUGGGCUGCUGCUCUCCACCCGGCUGGCCCCACAACCCCAGAGACUGGAGCUGCAGAUCAGCAACAGCCGGCUGCAUCUGACCCUCCACACCUCUGCCCAGCAGAAAUCCGAAGUCUCCACUGGUGAGCACCUGAAUGACGGUCUCUGGCAUACGGUGACUCUUGACACAAGGAAUCUACAGAUCAUCUUGACUCUGGACAACGAGCCAGCCUCCACCAUUGAACUUUGGGAAUUACUGGAAUCAGGAGGCAAUUUCUACUUUGGAGGAUGCCCUCCUACUGGCUGUAAAAACCCUACGCUGGCAUUCCAGGGAUGCAUGCGACUCAUAUUCAUUAACAGCCAGCCAAUGAACCUCAAUCAUGUGCAGCAAGGACUGCUGGGAAACUACAAUGAACUGCAGUUUGACAUAUGCAAUAUAAGAGACAGAUGUCUGCCUAACCUGUGUGAACACGGAGGCCAGUGUUCCCAGUCCUGGAGCACCUUCUACUGCGACUGUUCGGGGACAGGAUACUCUGGCGCUACCUGUCACAGCUCCAUCUGCGAGCCGUCCUGCGAGGCCUACAAGCUGAUGGGCAGCUCCUCGGGCUACUUCUCCAUUGAUCCAGAUGGGAGUGGUCCCCUGGGGCCCGCACAGGUCUACUGCAACAUGACAGAGGAGAGGGUGUGGACUGUAGUGACCCACAACAGCACAGCUCCAGUGAGGGUCCGGGGCUCCUCUCCGCAGAAGCCGUACAUUAUGAAGUUCAACUACAGCACCUCAGCUGAACAACUGCGUGCCAUAGUCACCGGGUCAGAGCAGUGCCAACAGGAAGUGCUUUACCGCUGCAGGAAGUCCCGUCUCUUCAGUACCAAAGAUGGCACCCCCCUUUCCUGGUGGGUGGACCAGGGAGGAGAGAGGAGAACCUACUGGGGAGGCUUCCUGCCUGGAGUUCAGCAGUGCUCCUGCAGCCUGGAGGAGAACUGCCUGGACAUGAAUUACUUCUGCAACUGCGAUGCAGACACGGACGCAUGGGCUAAUGACACGGGAAUCCUCUCCUAUAAAGACCACCUGCCAGUGAGCCAGAUCGUGAUUGGAGACACGAACCGAUCGGGCUCGGAGGCUGACUACCAAAUCGGCCCUCUGCGUUGUUAUGGAGACAGGUCUAUAUGGAAUGCAGCCUCCUUCUACCAGGAGUCCUCCUAUCUCCACUUCCCCACCCUCCAGGCAGAGCUUGGUGCUGAUAUCUCCUUCUACUUCAAGACCAGCGCCCCCUCAGGAGUGUUUCUGGAGAACCUGGGCCUCAAGGACUUCAUCAGACUGGAGCUCAGCUCCCCCUCGGUGGUUACUUUCUCCUUCGACGUGGGAAACGGACCGGUGGUCUUGGCCGUGAAGUCCCAUGUGCCCCUGAAUGACCGACAGUGGCAUUACGUGAGGGCGGAGCGCAAUGUGAAGGAGGCCUCUCUGCAGGUGGACCAGCUGCCCCUGCGCUUCCUGGAGGCGCCGGCUGACGGACACCUCCGCUUACAACUCAACAGCCAGCUGUUUGUGGGGGGAACAGCCACCAGACAGAGGGGCUUCCUGGGUUGCAUAAGGACCCUGACCAUCAACGGUGUGAACUUUAACCUGGAGGAGAGGGCCAAGAUGACCCCGGGGGUGAGCUCCGGCUGCCCCGGGUACUGCAGUGGCUCCAGCAGUCUCUGCCACAACAGAGGGAGGUGUAUUGAGAAGAGCAGUGGCUACGUCUGCGACUGCUCCCAGUCCGCCUAUGGAGGACCGACCUGUAAAGAAGAGGUGUCUGUGUCCUUUGACAGAGAGUCCUCAGUGACCUACACCUUCCAGGAGCCAUUCUCCGUCAUGCAGAACAGAAGCUCCCAGGCCUCCACUGUGUCCAGAGAGAGGAGCAGGGCCAGAGAGAGCAUCGCUUUCAGCUUCCUCACCCUCCAGAGCCCCGCCAUGCUGCUAACUGUCAGCACCUUCAGCCAGCAGUACAUCGCUGUCAUCCUGGCUAGCAACGGGAGUCUGAAGAUCUGGUAUCACCUUCAGGUGAAUAGGAAUCCAGAUGUUUUCACCCCCACCCUCGGUAGUUUGGCUAAUGGACUCCUCCAUCGAAUCAGAAUCCACCGAGAGGGCAAAGACGUCUACGUGCAGAUCGACCAGGACAUCCACAGAAAAUACACCCUGUCAUCUGAUGCAGAGCUGAUCUUAAUCAGAUCCUUGACAUUGGGCAAAGUCACUGGAAGGGAUGCAUUCCACGAGGAAGUGAUGCAAGCAGGUUCUGAAGGUUUCAUUGGCUGCCUGUCGUCAGUCCAAGUGAAUCAUGUGGCUCCUCUGAAAGCGGCACUGCUUAAUCGGGGAAGCUCACUGGUCAGCAUCCGAGGUCCUCUGGUUCAGUCAAACUGCGGCGUGCUUGCGGACUCCACCACUUCGCACACUCUGCUGGAUCAAGCUGCAAAGUCAAACAAAGAUAAGGAGCGGCACGGUGAUGAUACCCGGAAUGAUUCGGCUGUAAUAGGAGGUGUAGUCACAGCAGUGGUCUUCAUUACGCUGUGUGUACUGGCAGCGAUAAGCCGCUUCCUCUACCAGCAGCGGCAGGCCCAGAGGAGCACCGGCAUCAAGGAGAAGGAGCACAGACACGACCUGGAGACAGCCUACCGGGCCGAGCUACACCUCCACAACCCAGUCAGAGACAAUAUGAAGGAGUACUACAUAUGA